AGGCUGGCAGUGGUGGCUGCUGUUGCUCGUUUAUAUUCUUCGUCGGCGUUUGGAUCCGGAAACAGGCUUUAAACCUUACACUUCGCGCUGAGAACGUUGUACAAACUGUAAUUUAGUUCGGUUGUCAAUUUUGGUUUGUUACCGAGCCUUGACUGCGUCUACCGACGACUCCGACGGCGCUGAUAGCCGUUUGCUGUCUUCGGUCUCCCAAGCCAGCCCAACUGUGCAUCCAGCCAACGACUCCACUCCAAUGAAGGCGUACAAAAAGGGGGAAAUGCCGGACUAUGUUCAGCCCAAGCAGAAACCAAAAGGCCCCAAGAAGAAGACGCCACCAGCAAAACCAGAGGACAACCAGUUCCAGCAGGACUGGUUGGAAGAGUCCCCGCACGACCCGGCGGAGCAGACGUCGCCCCAUGUGGCGAUGACUCAGCAAGCGGCGAGGCGGAAGCAGCGCUUCGUCAACCUGUACAGCCAGGAAGGCAAGGCCAAGGACGUGGUACUCCUGCCAGGGAGGCACCCCUGCGAGUGCCAGGCUCACCGGCAUGCACUCGUUAACAACUGCCUCAAGUGCGGGCGCAUCGUCUGCCGGCAGGAAGGCUCUGGGCCCUGCUUUACCUGUGGAAACCUGGUUUGCACCAACGACGAGAAGUCCAUCCUUGCCCACGAGUCCAAGCGCAGCCAGCAGCUGCGCAACAAGCUCAUGAACCAGCCAGUAGACGACAACUUGCUCAAGGCCAUCGAACACAAGAACAAGCUGCUCGAAUACGACCGAACAUCGGAGCGCCGCACGCGGGUGAUCGACGACAACAGCGACUACUACUCGUCGGACAACAAGUGGCUGACCCCGGAGCAGCGGGAGCUGGUGCGGCGGAAGGAGGCGGAGCUGAAGGCAGAGCAGGAGGCCUCCAGGCGCCGGCACAAGGUGACGCUGGACUUUGCGGGGCGCCAGGUGCUGGCCUCCCAGGAGGAAGAGGCCACCAUGCAGAGCCUCAUCCAGCGCUUCAUGGCACCCCUGGUGGAGGGAGGGGUCAACGACCGAGCCUGCCGGGAGGUCGAGGCCACCCACUUCGUCGACCCGGCUCUCGACAUGCCCGCCCCGGAGUACGUGGACACGGGCGGCCUGAGAGCCUCACGAAGAAAUCGACCAGGCGGCGAUGGCACCCUGGUGAACACGACCGGCGAUGGCAUCGUGCUCGGCUCUCGGAUUCAGGACCGAGGUCUCAUGGAGAUGUCAGACGACGGAUUUGCCCUGUCCAUGCACCAGCCGUACGCCAGUCUUCUCGUGGCUGGCAUCAAAAAGCACGAGGGGAGAUCGUGGUACACGACUUACCGUGGACGUCUUUGGAUUCAUGCCGCCGCCAAGCCGCCCACUUCCGAGGACAUUUCCACCGUGGUCGGCAUCUUCCAAAAGAUCACCGAAGGCCAGCCAGUCAGGUUUCCGGACCAGUAUCCCACGGGAUGCCUGCUGGGAUGCGUGAACCUGGUCGACUGCCUUCCGCAGGACGUUUACCGUGAGCAGUAUCCCUUCGGAGAAUGCUUCUCUCCCUACGUGUACAUCUGCGAAGAACCACAGGAGCUGCAGGUCAAGUUCCCCAUGAAGGGCAAGCACAAGAUUUUCAAGAUAGACUCCAGGCUCCACCAGGCUUCCAAGAAAACACUGCUCUGCCCCCAGAUCCUCACGUGAUAUGUUCUUAUAUAAAGUUUGAAACCUGUUG